AUGUCACCAUCUAAUGCUUCUGUUUAUGCUGCAUUAAUAUUAUUAAAAGAAUGUGGUCAAAAAUUAUUACAAGGUAAUCGACAAGAAUUAGAUUCUACAUUUUCAAUAUUAAGCAAUUUACUUCGUGAACCAUCAUUAAAUAAUCAUACACAACAUAUGAUUAGAGAUUUAUUUACUGUACGAAGAGAUGAAUUUGAGGCACAUCCAGCUAUUCAAUCUGGUUUAGAUUUAGUUUAUGAAAAUGAGGUAUUCAAAUAUGAUGAAGAAUAUGAAGUUAAUGAAAAUAAAUAUAAACAAAUUCGAAAAACAAUUCUUAAUGAAAAUAGUGAUGAUGAGGAUGAAUCAAGUUCAAAUACGUCAGAUAAUCAUGAAGAUCAAUCAAAUUUCGCUACAGCAGAAAUGAUAAAGAGAAAUAAUUUAAAAAGCAUAAUCAGUUAA